AUGCAGAAAAAGUGCGCCAAUGGCAAGGACAGCAAGCUCUGCUGCUCGCUCUCGGGAGCCCCCGACCCCAAAGAGUGCACCUGGCGAGGAGGCCCUCACCUCUGCAAUGGUCACUGCCACGACGACGAGGUCAUGACGCACAUGAGAAAAUGGGGCGGCGGCGCCGACUGCUGGUACGGCAACGCGGCGCACUGCUGCAAGAGCCCGCUCGGCGAGGAAAACACCUGCUACUGGGGCGGCGUCGCCCAGGAGUGCAAGGCUGGCCAUCUGCCCCUGACCUUCUCCGGCACCAUGCUCAGCACCCUUAACGACAUUGCCGAGGUGAUCCUCUUGGUCGUCGGCCGCGCGGUCCCUCUCGUCUCGCUCACCGACCGCAUGCUCCUCGAGGUGCUCGACCAGCUCGACCUGGACACCAACAAGCUGUACUGCUGUCCCGAGAAGGAUGUCGAGCGCUGGAAAAACUGCGCCUGGUACGGCAAGCCGGGCAGCUGCUUCGACGGCCACUGUCCUGACAUGAAGUCUGUGCAGCUCACCGACAGCUACUUUGGCGGUGGCGAGACAUGCGGCAUCCAGUUAUCUCGCGUGCGCACCUUCUGCUGCGAGUCGGCGGGCGAUCCCCUGUUCCUCCCCGUGCCCCUGGGGAACCUGUUCGAGCACCCGCCCGACGGAGAUAGUGUCGACACCGAUUUCAGCCUCGAGACGGACGAGUCCUCGGCGGGCGGCGAUAACGACCCCAACGAGGCCGCCUUUCAGUUUGUCGUCCUGGCAUCGGCUCCCACUGGGACCAUGGUCUGCACUGACUUCUCCGAGAAGAGCAACUGUCACAAGAUCGGGCUUGGCCAUGGCGUCCCCGGAACCAUCCUGCAAAUGCCCCCCGGCUGCGGCCCUGGCAAGUACGCCGUCGCCAAGAGCAUGAAGCCCGCCCAGGGUGAUGACCACGUCAAGCUGCUGCCGCGCCGACUCGCCCACCUUGCGCCACGAAAGCCUGUGGUGUACUCGCUGACCUUUGACUACGACUUUGCCCGUGUCCCACGCCACCUCGGAAGCACCCAGAUGCGCAUCGACUUUAGCAACCAGGACGACUACUGGGACACAGCCGUCGCCGGGUCCGUGUCCAAGAAGAAGAGGAACCUCACCAAGCGCACGCUCGCCGACGUGGGUGGCAACCAUGUAAGGUGGCUUGAGGAGGAAUUCCGAGACGACUACCACUUUGGCGGGCUGGAGAAGCGUGAACUGCACGAGCGCUGGUUCGGCACGAGCAUCCUCGAGUGGCUCGCGCAGCUAGUCAAGCCAGAGAUCAAGCGCGAGUUCAUGCACAGGUACGACGACACUCUCACGGCCAAGCUCAUUGAUAAGACGUGGUCCUGUUCAAAGGCAGACGUCAGCUACAAGGGCCACCUGCUCGCCCAGGCCCUUCUCAAGAUCAAGGUCGAGUCCAGCUUUGGCUUUACCCUCAUCGUCAGCAAGCCCAGCCUGCCCCUCGACCUGAGCCAGAGCUACCUUACGUUCUACAACAAGGGCGAGAUCACGGGCGUCAUGACCCUCGAGGCCGUCGCCAAGGUUUUCUACGAAAAGAAGAGCGUUAUUCUGAACAUUCCCUUCCCCGGCGCUUCCUUCAAGAUUCCGGGCAUCGCUACGAUUGGUCCCCAGCUCACGGUCGAGGGCAGCAUCGAUGCCUCCCUCGCCGUGGCAGGCACCAUUGAGACCAAGCUUAAAUUGCCAAGUGGGAAGUACGUUCGGCAAGUCGUGCCGGAUAACAACGACGAUGCUUACAAGCCCAAAGAGAUCGGCGAAGGCGACACCAGCCUCGACCACACCGGCGACUUUGAAGGUAUCAAGAAGCCCGAAUUCUAUGCUGGCGUCGCCGUUCAGGGCGACGUCACAGCCCGGCUCUCGGCUGCCGCCGAGUUCAGUAUCCGGUUCGACGACAGAUGUUUGCCGCAGCCUGGCUGCGAUGCAAACAUCGCAACUGCUGGGGACUACCUGUCGACGAUGCCUGCUUGGCAGUGGGCUUUCUGA